GCCCUGGAGAGUGAAUUUGUUUCCUGCCAGCUUCACCAAUGGAUUGAUCUUAUUUUUGGCUAUAAGCAACAAGGACCGGAGGCAGUGCGAGCCCUCAAUGUGUUUUAUUACCUAACCUAUGAAGGAGCUGUCAGCCUGAACUCAAUAACUGACCCUGUAUUGAGAGAGGCUGUGGAAGCUCAGAUCCGAAGCUUUGGACAGACGCCUUCACAACUGCUCAUAGAGCCCCACCCUCCCCGGGGUUCGGCCAUGCAGGCGUAUCUCCUCCUGCAGAGUCCAUUGAUGUUCACAGACCAGGCCCAGCAAGAUGUCAUCAUGGUCCUAAAGUUCCCUUCAAACUCUCCAGUCACCCACGUUGCGGCCAACACCCAGCCAGGCCUGGCAAUGCCUGCUGUCAUCACUGUCACUGCUAACAGGCUCUUUGCUGUGAACAAGUGGCACAGCCUUCCUGCUCACCAAGGUGCUGUACAAGACCAGCCAUACCAGCUGCCAGUGGAAAUCGAUCCUCUCAUAGCCUGCGGCACAGGGACGCACAGGAGGCAGGUAACUGACCUCCUGGACCAGAGCAUCCAAGUGCAUUCCCAAUGCUUCGUCAUCACUUCUGACAACCGCUACAUUCUCGUCUGUGGCUUCUGGGAUAAGAGUUUCCGGGUCUAUUCCACAGAUACAGGAAAAUUGAUCCAAGUGGUGUUUGGCCAUUGGGAUGUUGUCACUUGCCUAGCUCGCUCUGAGUCGUACAUAGGGGGAAAUUGCUACGUUCUCUCAGGGUCACGUGAUGCAACUCUUCUUCUGUGGUACUGGAAUGGAAAAAGCAGUGGGAUUGGAGAUAACCCUGGCAGUGAAACUACCACUCCUCGGGCCAUUCUCACAGGCCACGACUAUGAGAUCACCUGUGCUGCAGUCUGCGCCGAGCUGGGCCUAGUGUUAAGUGGUUCCCAAGAAGGGCCAUGUCUCAUACAUUCCAUGAAUGGAGACUUGUUAAGGACUUUGGAGGGUCCUGAAAAUUGCCUGAAACCAAAACUCAUCCAAGCAUCGAGAGAGGGUCACUGUGUCAUCUUCUAUGAAAAUGGCUGCUUCUGCACCUUCAGUGUGAACGGGAAGCUGCAGGCCACCGUGGAGACUGAUGAUCAUAUAAGGGCCAUACAGCUGAGCCGAGAUGGCCAGUACCUGCUCACAGGAGGAGACAACGGGGUGGUGAUAGUGCGCCAGGUGUCGGACCUCAAGCAGCUCUUUGCCUACCCGGGCUGUGAUGCUGGGAUCCGGGCCAUGGCCCUUUCUUUCGACCAGAGGUGCAUCAUUUCUGGCAUGGCUUCGGGAAGCAUUGUUCUGUUUUACAACGACUUUAACCGCUGGCAUCAUGAGUACCAAACCCGCUACUGAUGGUGACAAAUGCACUGUGGUCCUGUUUCAGGCCAAGCAAGGAGGGACUUUGAACAUCAUUCUAUAGAAAUAGCUAUCACAUCUGAAUGUAACUUAAAUUUGCUUGAACAAGCAAAAUAUUUUUUAAAGUUAAUUGCUAUUUUUGUAGACUUUGCUUGACAUUUGGGGGUGGGGAACAGCAAAGCAGAAAACUGGCUGCUGGUUUCUGUAGUUUAAAAAAAAUCUAUAUUUUUAGUCAUAAUGAAAAGUCUAUUUUCACCAAUUAUGGAUACAGACAGUGGAGCCAAUAAUCCCACUAAUUCUUGCUAUGUGUGAAAAAACAUUUCCCACUUAUCUGUAAUCUUGAGAAAUAUGAUUUUAGAAAUAGGGAAAUGGGUUCAAAUACUGGGACGGGGGAAUUUAUUCUGUACUGGGUCCUGUAUUUUUCUAGACAAUUGUGCUCCUUCAGUGCUGACAUUUCUAGGGUUUUAAUAGUAACGUUUAAAUUAUGACAUGUAAUUUAAAACAUCUCAGUGAAUUAUUUCUAUAUUCUUCUUUGAGCAUGUGUUAGACCUGGAAAUUAUAGUUAGAGGAGGCUACUUUAUGUUACUGUGUGUUAAACAACAAAGAUCUAAGUAUAGCAAUCAUAAAUACUCACUGCUUUUCCUGAUCUGUCGUCCUCAUGGCAAAGGGUGAAAUGAUGGAAACGCUCUUGGGCUCACAAUCUUUGUAAGUACCAAAGCCUGCCCAAGGUCACUAGUGCCCUACUAAGAGGCAGAGCCAGGUGGGGCUACUCCCCAUGACGCUAGCCCACAGUCCUGGCUCGAGAUCAGAGGUGACCAAGUACCGUGUAAGCAGCACCCACCUUACCCCUAUUUGUUAUGAAACUCUCUCUGCCUUCUUUUUGACUAGUAAUUUGUACCAAGAAACAAUGUUAUUUUGGUGUCAUAUAAUUCUACUUUUUCUAGUAGAUUGCUGUAUGGAAUUCUGUGAAAAUAUUUGAGCAAAGGUCUGUAUUACAUAAAUAAACUCUUUGUAUGUUGUGAACUUGA